AUGGGGAACAAAAUCUUGACGCAGUAUGAUGUCCAGAAGGAGCCCUGCUAUUACAGCCCCGAGCUUCGAUGGAAGCUUCACACGGCGAACUUUAAGGAAAAGCCAGAGGAAAAACUGACCAUCUUCCUUUUCGAGAGAAAGGUCAUAGAGAAGUAUGCCAAAAAUGCGAAAGAGCAAAUAGUGGAGCUUCUGAAGAAGGAUGCUACGAGUCUACAGCGACUUCGGCACCCGCAUAUCCUCAGUGUCAUCGAGGCCUUGGUGGAGGAGAGGAGCACUCUGGCCUUUGCGACCAAGCCCGUCGUUGGCACGGUGGCACAGCUGUUGGAGAACAACCGACACGAGCUGUCCAACCUGGAGAUGAAGUGUGGGCUCUUAGACGUGGCAGAGGCAAUGCAGUUUCUUCACCAGGAUGCCAAGACGGCACAUCUUGGCUUCUCACCUUACAGCAUCUUCAUAGACCCCCAGGGCAAGUGGUUGCUUGGCAGCCUUGGCUUUUCCUUCAGCGGAGUGCAGUGGGGGCAGCUGAUGGACUGCCCCUUCACUUUCUCCGGACAGGAGGCGCCGGGAACUUUAUCCUUUGAGCCGCCUCCUAGGUAUGCUGCGCCAGAGAUGUGCGCGUUUCCUGGGAAAUGUGGGUUGGAGUCAGACAUGUUUGCCAUGGGGCUGCUUACGUGCCCCAUCGCCUCAUCUGUGAUGCCAUGCGUGUGUGCGGAGGUGGUUCUUGUGUGUUGGAUCAUGGCUGCUGCCGGCUGA